CAACAGCAUACUACUAGCUAGCUACAUACUCUUGCUAGCUAGAGAGAGAGAGAGUGAGAAUCGUUCUGAACUCGAUCGAUCGAUCAGUAGCUACCAGCUAGCUUAGCUUCUUGUGCUUAGCUUGCAUGGAGGAUGACAAGAGGGAGGGCAAGUACCGCGGCGUCCGGAAGCGGCAGUGGGGCAAGUUCUCGGCGGAGAUCCGGGACCCCGAGCGAGGCGGUGCCCGCAAGUGGAUCGGCACCUUCGACACCGCCGAGGAGGCCGCCAGGGCCUACGACCGCGAAGCAUUCGCCAUGAAGGGCGCCACGGCCGUGCUCAACUUCCCCGUCGAGGCCGCCGGUAGGGGGUGCAGAGGCGCCGGCGGCGCCUCCUCCUCGGCUCCGGCGACGACGGGCGCCGGCAGGGGCCGGGUCCCCGACUCGGAGAAGGUGGAGCUGGAGUACCUUGACAGCAGGGUCCUGGACGAGCUCCUCGCGGAGGGCAACAACAAGAACUACUGAUGAUACCAUGAUACUACGAGAGCUACGGGAAAGAAAUCAAGAAUGGAUGGUCCUCCCUCGGUUCUUUCGGUGCACGGACUGGAGCAUGGCCAUAACUAACUAGGGUGGUAAUGGACCAUGACUCUAGUGAUCUUUUCACAGCCAAAUAAGAUCCUUAAAUUAUUUAGUUCAAAAUUAUAUAAAAUUAGAGUCCGAUCCUUUUAAGGCCCGGCCCUUAGAUUUUCUAGUUCAAAAUCUUGGACUCUUUACCACUCCUAGCCAUAACUAGUCAUGAUUUGCAUGCGUGGACACACGUGUAGACUAAACAUCCCACACGUCAUUGUUCCAGCUAGCAGCAAGAUCAUGCGGCGUGCUUAUAUUAUUAUAUUAUAUACUACUAGCUGCUUGCUUGUCACCAGGCCAUGAAGACGGGAUGAAGUUACUAGAGACCAUCCAUGCAUUCGGUUCAAACGCCAGUACGUUGCCACUGCUAUAUAGUCCCUCGCUCCAUCCGUCGUAUAUGCAUAGUGCACAAUGCUAUGUGUAUUUUGCUUAAAUAAAAAUGCAUAUUAUUAUACUUCCUUUCUAUAAAAAAGAGAUAUGAAUGCAUACAGUACAAUUGCCUUGCUGUAAA